GAUAUCAUACGCAGGCUCGAAAAUUAAAGGAAAGGACCAUAGCUUUUCACUUUGAAUUUCGUUGAAUUUCUCUGUUGUUAAACAUACAACAUGUGUGUCCAGUUUUAAAGUUGCGUAAUCAUCAUAAACUCGAUGUAAUUCCUUUCCUUCGAAACGUGUAAGAUAUGUUUUGAUUUCUUCAAGCGCAUGUUAGUCUUUGGAUCUAAUGAAGAUCUAAUCUACAAAUGAUUACUGAAUGUGGAUAGUGGUUUUUUUUUUCCAUAUUUUGUUAUGUUUGAGAGGUUUGGCGCAAUACACACCCUUUUUCUUGAAAAUAUAUCGAACAUUAAAUAUUUACCUGCAAGCUUCCAGUCUCGUGCUUAAAAUGAUAUGAUCUAUGAUGAACCACAUUGAGGUUUCAUUCGUCGGUGGACAUUUGGUAGACCUAUGAGUGAUUUCAAAACCGAAACUAAUCCUAGUAGACGACGAGGUAGUGAAAAAUAUUUAUUUUAAUAUAUUUUCCAUAGUAAACUGAAUGAAACUUGGAAGUAAAAGUAUCACUUUCUGUAACCGAGGUUGGCCUUUGCUCGGGUACCAAUGUAACUUAAGUUGGAAAGGUAAUGAAUUUGUACUCUGUGUUCCCUGUUUGAUUUUGAAUUGUGCUACACCAUGAUUUUUAUGGGUUGCAGAAGUAAUUUGUCAGAUGUGCCGCCAUUUAUGUAAAAAUAAAAGUUUUUGAACUUACAUGCUAAUUACUAAUCAGAGCGCCUCAAUCCGCGCGAAACAAAGAAAGGAUUACGAAGAAAAUGCUUUUCAGUGAAGCAGCUGAGUUCUUCUAAUGGCGUCCGACAUUCCUAAAACACACUAGCAGAGUGUUUUGUUUGUUGACCUGGCUGGUUUUAUUCUCUGCAAAUGGGUCUAAUAUUCAUGUUUGACAGGUUUUCUCUGGUCCGUGACAUCAACAUGUAUUGUAUGAUUGUAAGACAUGCAUGUCUGUAUAAUUUCUUUGAUUACUCUCUAAAUAAUUGAAGAUGAGAAUUCGGAGAUGUUCAAAUACGUGUUUGUCUGCAUUUAUUACUUUCUAAAUGAAAUUUAACUCUAACGCGUAAUUAAAUUCAUUCAAUAAAUACUUUCUGGUUGUCAUGAAGCCAAAAGAAGUUUUGUGAAAAAUAUUUGACAUUUCAGGAGUUGUACUGUGUUAAGACUGAAUUUUUUUUCUCCAUUUUCACUUUAGAAUAGUUUAGGCUAGUGUCAUUAGAAUCUCACUUCACUACGAUUUCCAUUUUCCGUCAAAUUAAGCAGUUAUUAGGUGUAAAAAGUAAUUACUCUUUCUACUGUCAACAGUGCUUUCAUUGGCUACCUGAUCAAUAGGACAUAUUAAAUUUUGGAUGAUCCAUUAAGUUUCGCCAAGUAUGAAGGUUGUUUGACCCACUGAAAGUACCUCUCAUCAAUUAUUCCUUUCAAAAAUUUUAUGCGCACAGAAUCUUCCCAGAAAGCGGCUGGGUUUUAUCUGAUUAAGUAGACACCCUUUGGAUUUUAUUCUUAUACCAACAAAUCUACCGUUUACUCGCAGCAACUUCCGUGAAUUCCAGAUACUGGAUGGGCGCAGCUUUUAAGUGAGAACACAGCAAUGACAGACUCGACCACGAAUUUCACUUUAUAUCUCAACACCUCACAGCCCACGUCAGGAGUGGGCGGUGGAGGGGGAGGAUUUGGCGUCCCCUCAAAGGAGUCAGUCAUUCUCGCGUGCUUCUUUUACACCGUCAUUGCCCUCGUUGCCGUGUUUGGCAACUUCAUGGUAGUAACAGCUUUCUUCAUCAACGACAAACUCCGCACUGUGACAAAUUACUUUGUAUUGGGCUUAGCACUUGCAGACAUUUUGGUGGGUGCUCUGUCAGUUCCCUUGUGGAUGUACAUUUUAAACUACUACGCGGACUUACGGCCUAUGGAUUUGAGGUUUAAAACCUUGAAUGAACUCUAUGUAGCGCUGGAUAAUUUUGCAGGGAUCUCCUCCAUUCUGCAUCUUAUGGCUAUUUCGAUGGAGCGAUAUUUUUGUGUUGGUUGGGCCGUGAAACACCGCAACACCAAAAAGUACGUCUACUACAUUGCCUUGUUCCUGGUUUGGUUUAUUUCAGCCUUGGCAGCCUCCAUCAAACAUACGAUCCCUUGCAUCAAAACAACAGACCUUGUUCUUUUAACCUUUGUCGUCUUCUUUCUGCUACCAUUGACGGUCAUCAUUGUGUCAUAUGCAGCCAUUUGGAAAAUUGCCAUGACCAGGAUGAACAACAACCCCAGUAAGCGCUCCCUUAAGAGGGAAAUUCGCACUGCUACAACCAUUGCCUUCGUCAUUGGGUUCUUCCUGAUUGCUUGGACUCCAUUUUUCAUUACACUUAUAGUAGUGGUGUACUGCCCCACGUGUCCCUAUAAUUGGUCAGCGACGAUCUUUUAUAAAUUUCUUCAUUAUUCCAAUUCGUCAAUCAAUCCCAUCGUGUAUGGCGUCAGAAUACCAGAGUUUAGAAAGACUUUCAAGUUCAUUCUGCGGCGAAUCUAUGGACCCAUCUUAGCACCAUGUAGAAAUUAAGUUAGUGCUAGUUUUUGAAAAUUCUACAACGCUUUUCACGGCUUUCAUGACCUACUGAACACCAUAGUUUUUACAGCGCCUGGAACUUUAAACAUUUACCCGAACUCCAGAGCCACUUUCACUUUGUAAGCUAUAUGAUUGAUAUAAAAAAAGUGCAUAUGGACGAAUGCAAGUUAAAUCGUUGAUAUUCGUUUCGACUUUUAUUCCCCUCGCGGAGCAUUUCAUUUGAUUUAUUUAAUAAUCUAUUUUAGAUUCAAUUUUUUCAUAUAUGCUCAAUUUCGGACGUAAGUAAUGAGAAUGCUAUAUACGCUUGUAAACGGAUAAUACUCGAUCGCAACAGAAUUGACUCAUCUUAGAAAUACAGAGUUAAAGCUAAUUGAUAAGAAUAAAAUAUUCGUAAUUUUUA